CCACUUGUUUCUUAAAAGAUUUUUUUGGGGGGAGGGAGGGGAUUUAAAAGAGAGUGCGAACUGGAAAUCAUGAGUCACCUCAAUCUAGGACUUAUCUCAGCUUACAACAGUCUGACAGACAGACAUCUCACUGGAUACUUCAGCAACACUCGGAUCAGAAGACACUUGCAGAGAGCAGGACUGAUCACCAGGAGUGGGCGUAUUGUUCCAGACAAAGAGUACAGACACAAGCUGAUCCAGAGAGCCCACCAGAGACAUGUUCGUGAAUGCUUGGCCCAGGCCAUUUUCCACAAGGUGCUGGAGAUGGAGCGUCUCCAUCAAAUAGAGAUCAAAAAGAAACUGGAGGAGUUUGCAAGGAGGGAAAGAGUGCAUAAGAUCAAGGUGGAGCGCUCUAAAAGAUAUGAAGAAGACAUCAUCCGCAUCUUGUCUCCACGCCCACCCACGGGUGCAAGGGGCAUCCGAAAACAGCACUCUGGGCCAGAGGGGGAGCACUCUGAAUCCUCUGAGUCUCCUGGAUCGUCUCGACCCAACACGGCUCCAGGGAAGAUGCAGAGGCCGGUGCGUCUGAAGCCGAUCCACAGUAACAGCACCACAGCUUCACUCAGACGCAGCUCCCCUUACAGACACCUUGAGUCCUCCAAUGAGAACGACCAGCUGUUCAACUGCACUAUGGACAAGGAGUCCCGGAGACGUUUGACCACAGUGGAGGCCUCCCAUGGCAUCUCGCCCUACUGCCUCCCGGUGAUCAACAAUUUUGUCACCCCAGUGCCUCCAGCCACAAAGAGGAAAGAGAGGGGGGUAAAGGUCACUCCCAGCAGCACACUCAGAGGCCGCAGACUGCGUCCUACCACUGCUUCCAGUGGAGCUGACAUCACUGAGGACCCCGUCAUGCUGAGGAGCUCUGUGCACCAGAGCAGAGUGUGUGUGAACAUGGUGUAUUUUGGCAAAACGGUUCAUCUCUCCCACGACCUGAGUGACAUGAGGGACGAGGUCAAAGUGUUUCAGCAGCACUGUGGAGGAGAGAACCUGUGUGUGUACAAAGGCAAGCUCUGCGAGGGAGAGUCUUUCCAGUUCAUUUCAAGGCGACACAGAGGCUUCCCCUUCAGUUUGACCUUCUUCCUGAACGGGCUGCAGGUGGAGCGGCUGAGCUCCUGCUGUGAGUUCAAACACAGGAAAGGCUCCAGACUUGGCGGCAGGCACGGACACUUUGGCUUCUCCAGUGUAGAGGGGGCCUCACCCUGCUACAAGUGCAUCAUAGCAAUGGGAUUGGACAAAAAGCCCACACCUCCACCAAAGAGAGUCAAAGAGGAGGGAGGAAGAGAGGAGUCAGUAACCAGCUCAAAGAAUGCUCAAGAGAUGGAAACAGAAAGGACUGGAAAGGAUGCUGCCUCCCAUUCAGACUAUGAAAGAAGUCAGCGACAGGACAUGGAGACUCAAGUCAAAGAAGAAAGAGCAGCUGAGGAGGACAAAGUCAGAGAUGAUUAUGAAGAAGACUUUGAAGCAGAUGAUGAAGGCCCUGCAGGGGAGCCAAAAGAAAAGAAAUCCCCAUCUCCAACCAGUGAAACUGAGAUGGUGGUUAAAGAGAGAGAUGCCUCUGAGACUGAAGACGAUGAGAAGGAUGAAGACAUAAAGUCCCGGUCGGGCUCCAGCUGUUCAGGCAGCGACCGGGAGGCGAGUGAUGCUGAAGCUACAAAAGAAUCAAGAGAGGAUGAGAAAGCAGAGCAACCUGAAGAGGUUGAUCAAGAAGAAACGGUUGCUCCACCAGAAGAAAAAGAUGAACCAAACCCAGAAGAAGCAGCAGCUGCCACUGAGGCUGAGUCCGCUGCGGCUAAAGACACGGCUCUACAGGACAGUGCAGGGGACAGCACGGAGAUUGACAUCUCUGACUCCAGCGUCCCCUCAGGGUCAGAGAAUAAACAGAGUCAUGACACCGCGGGAGACAAAGAGGCUGAGAAAACAGUAGAUGAGGGCAAACAGGAGGAGGGACAGGAACAGAAGAGGGGUGAGUAUAAACCAACAGAUACAGCUGUGGAGCUUUCACCUGAAAAUGUGAACUCAUAUCAUGCAUGUCUUUUUUUCCUAUCCCAAGCUAAAUCUGUGCAGGAGAAGCUGGCAGAAGCCAUACUGAAGGAGUCCCACUGCAGCUCUGAGCCCGAACUGAGCGACACCAGUACUGAGGAGGAGGAGGAGGAGGAGGAGGAGGAGGCCACAGAUAAAGGCCAUGAACAGAACAACAGUGGUAGGAGAUUUCACAAUUUCAUUCAAAUGAUUUUAGAAGAGACGAAACACGAGGAAAGUGCUGGUGUUGGUCCAGUUGAAGGGGUUCAGGAUCUCGAAGAGACAUCUGAGCCAAAAGAACAGGAGGAUGAAACGGAAAAACAGCCUCAUGAGAACAGUGAUAGUACUAAAACUGAGAUGGUCAAAAUAGAUGAAGAUGAUGAAAACCCUGCAUCAGAGGAAGCAGCAGCAGAAAAGGAGAAGUUAGAGGACACAGGUGCAGAUCUACAUCCUGUGUCUGAAGAGAACAUGACAGAAGAAAACAAAACGUCAGAGCCUGAGGAAGACGCAGCAGCUGAAUCCAAUGAUGCAGACACAGCACAAAAAGAUGAGGAAAAUGAGGAGAAAACUGCCGAAGUAGAGGAGGUGAAGCCCGAUGAGACGGGGCAAGGGGCAAAAAGCAGUGAGGAGGAUGAAUCAUCAGUAUCAGAGCCGAAUAAAACAACUGAUGAGACAGCAGCGUCAGAUAAUGCAGAAGUGGAGGAGGCGAUGACAGCGAGCGAGACAAUGGAGAUGAAAGCAGAGCCCUCAGAGGAGCGAGAGGCCCUCAGCUGUGAAGAGGCACCUGUAACCGACACAGAGGAGAAGCAGCAGGCAGACAGCGAGGACAGAACUGAAGCAUCAGAAACAGAAGUCACAGCAGAGAACUCAAGCAGCUCAUUGGAGGGGAGCGGAGAUACCACAGUGGAAAAAACAGCAGACAUAAGUGAGGACAAUGCAAAAGAUGAGGGCAGUAAAGAUGAUAUUAAAGAGGAGGAAGCAGAGGAAGUGUCAGCAGCAGAGGCAAGUAAGGAUGGCAGUCAACAAGAAAGGUUGGGAGAAGAGCAGACAGGAAAAUCUGUGGAAAUAGAUGAUGAGGUAGAGAAGGAGAAAAUUGAGGAGGACAGAGAGACAAAUGAAGAACCAGCGGAGAAAACCCUUGACGGGCAAGAUAAAGUUGCAAAUGAAGAGAGAGCUGAUGAAUCAGAAAAGAAAGAAAAAGAUGAGGAGAGCGAAUGUGUGGAGAAUAAAAAUGACGAGGAAGAAUCUGAAGCUAAGGGAGCCAUAACUGAUAAAACUAAUGAAGGAGAAGAAAUAAAGGAGACAAAGACAGAUGCCGAUGAAGAAAAGGUUGACAAAGCAGAAAAUGAAGAGGAAGAUGACAAUGAGAACAAAGCUCCGCAAAGUGAAUCUGAAAAGAAUAAAAAUGUCAAAGAAUCUGAAGAGGAAGAAAUCAUAAUUUGUAAGACCGGAGAGGAAAUAUCUGUGAUGACUGAGGAACCCGAGAGAAAUGCAGAUGAUGUGAAAACAUCUAAUGAAAAUACUGUUGAGUCAGAGGUCGUUGGCGACAAUGAAGCAGCGGGUGAGACUAAAGCAAACGAGGAGAUGCUAAACAAUGUGAUGGAGUGUGAAGACGUUGAGGAAGAAACUGAGGAAGCAGGUACCGACAUUGAAAAUGGAGAAAUUGAUGCAGAAAAUGGGGAGAUUUCUACCAGAGCAGAGAGCAAAACUCAUGACGAUACGACAGAGGCUUCAACUGAGGACAAUAACGAUGUGAAAGCAGCAGAGCAUGUUGAAGACGAAGGAAAAACAGAGGAGGAACCGGCUGAAGAUGAAAGUGCAGAGGUAAAAGAAGUAACUGCGGAGUCUGGAGACGACAAGGUGGAUCAGGGUCCUGACACAGAUGUGGUAGAAAGUGAAGCUACAGAGGGGGAUCAAAUUGUUGAAAAACAAGAUGAAUCUGCUCAAAAAGAUUCAGAGCAAGAAACAGUUGGGACAGAGAUAAAAGAGCAAUCUACAGUAGAUGGCCUGAAUGAAGACAGAGACGACCGUGAGGAAACUAAAGAUGAAAAUGGCAACAAAUCUGACCUGGAUAAUGAAAACAGAGAUUCAGACUCAACCAGAAAUAACGAUAAUAAUGUCCAUGAGGUGAUAGUUGCUUCUUCUGCCGCACAGGCACAAUCUUCAACACCCAUCGUUUUAGAUUUAGGUGGUACAAACUUACUAGAUGAGUCCCCUGCAGUGUCUGACAAACACCCACACUCUGAUGAAAAUGCUGCCGCCGCCACCGCCGUCAACCUCUCUGCUGCCGAAGGAGAAAAUGGAGCAGAGGAUACAGAGGAGGCGAGCAAGGCCUCGGAGGAAGGAGCGAGUGUGCUGCUCAAACCUCAAGCACAAAACAAUGAGGCUGAUAACGCAGAAGAGGGCGUCGCAACAGGUAAAGAAACUCCAGAGGCCCUUGCAGCAGAGGACAGCACGGAUCUAGUCACAAACUGGGUGACCAUGCAUCAAACUUCAAAGUUUUUCCAGACAUUUGUUGAACCUUUAGAAGACUUGAAGGAAGAGGCUUCACAGACUCAAGUGUCCAUCUCAAGUGAAGAAGCCACAAAAUCAACAGAGCUGCCGAGAUCGGAGAGUCCACUUAAGAUGGUGAAGAUGUCUGAAAAUGAAGAAGAAGAGCAAAUGCAUAAAGAUGGAAAUGAGACAACGGAAAAAAACAAAGUGGGAGCUGUAGAGUCAGAACUCGAGAGCGAACAAACUGAAGAUGGUGAACGUCAUGAGAACGAGCCUGCCAGACAUACACUCCAGGACAAGGAGGAGACUGAGGUGCAGGAGUUAAUACCAAAAACAGAGACUGAAGACAAUGAAGAAGAGUCUACAAACGGGCAAAGAAAAGGAAGCAGGGGAUCUCUAGAGGAAGACAAAGUUCAAGAUGAACCAACUCUGACGCAAAAUGAGAUUUCCAAAACUGAAGUGGAAAGCAUUGCAGGUACUCAUCAUUCAGUUGCCAGUGGCAAACCUGAGAGUGUCAUAGAGAACCAAAGUGGAGAGGGAACUAUGGAUAAUGGUCCAGACUUGAAUGAAAAACAAACAGAAACUGAAGAGAUUAAAGGUCUCUUACCUUCAUCCAAAACAGAAGAGCAUUGCGAGCAUUCAGCGAGUCCAGAUGGACUGAAAGACAUAGAGGAAACGCAGGGAAAAACAGAAGAACAAAGUCACGAAGUUACAGAAAUAACUGAUUUUACAACAUCCAAGUCUGAAGAUGGAAGCCAAGAGGAGUCCCACAACGGAGAGAUCCAACCCAAACCGACUGAUGGGAGCAUCAACGGAGAGAGAAGAGACGUGCAGCUGAUCCAGGACAUCAAACACACUCUCAGUAAAGACAGACUGAGCACUUUCUCAGUGGAUGAGACAUUGUUUGGUCGCAGUUCAUAUCCUUCGCUGACUGCUGCACGGACAGAGAGUGGACAUUAG